AUGACGUUGCUUCCAGUCAGGUUAACUACAUCGGAAUGCAAAAAGCGAAGCAUUUCUUUUAGUCCAUCUUUGGUGCAGUCGGCUGGAACAGGAAACGUAAAGAACCCACAUUGUGGAUGUAAACUACUCACAACAUCAGACUACACUGACAUGAUGUGGACAACAGUCUCUGAAGUACCAAUUGUGGUUUUGAAUGUCAUCUUGUUGGAAAAACUAGGAAGAAAAAAGACUCUAGCAACUCUAUACAGCCUAACUGCCUUUUUUUUCAUCCUGCUGUUUAUUUGCACUUCAAGGGCAUGGAUGGUAGCAUUUAUAUUUGGUGUUCGAGGCUGUAUAUCAGGUGUUUUUACGGCAACCUACAUAUAUACACCCGAGGUAAGAAAAACGAAGUUAGUUCUUUUGCGCAGUGAUGUCGUUGAUUGGACAACUGACUACUUGAUUGACUGAUACAUUUGUGAUCAUUCAGUGGCGGACCCAGAACCUUAUAUGAAGGGUGUUUGCAAACUCCAAAAAAAAAGUAUUGAAAUGGAUAGAUUUAGGGCUGACGAAAAUGAUUGUUUUUAUUCAGAAUGACUCCCAAUCAGAUUUAUUGGCUCUCAUAAUUUCAAUAUUUUUUACUAAAAUGGAGGUAGCUAGCCACCCUAAUAAACCCCUUGUGUAACGGGAGAAAAUUCAUCAAAAUUGUUUAAGGAAACAAAUCAGUUAGUUAUUGUUUAAAUUGGCAAUAUUAGGAAAUUGGCAAAACAUUGUGUCACGAUAUUUACCUAGCAGGUUAAGUUAGAGUUUUUCUAAAAGACACCUGUUGCAAGUAAUCUAUAAUUCACUAUUUUGGUCACGAUAGUAGGGAUCGCUGAUCUCAGCGUUAACUACCUGGAAACAAGCGUUAAGGCCAGGAAUUUAAAGUGAUGAAAAGUUACUUGUACCAGUUGUACGCUUUACUUGACUUUCUAGUUACAGCCAAUAAUCUCCUGCGUAUGUUACCUCAUCUUAUGAUAUUUUUGCUAUUAUCAAAGUGAUU